AUGGAAUCAAACCCAAAUCGAGUCUACCCAGCUGGGAGAGCCCAGUGUCUGCCCACCCAGUGUCUGCCCACCCAGUGUCUGCCCACCCAGUGUCUGCCCACCCAGUGUCUGCCCACCCAGUGUCUGCCCACCCAGUUGAGUGACAGCUGUUUUAGGAACCUGGCAGAGGACCGCAGUGGAAUCAACCUAAAAGAUCUGGUGCACGACCCCUCCCUGCUUGGGGGCUCUAUUUCAGCCUAUAAGAUCGUACCAGAUGAAAUUGACCAGAUCAAGGAGACUCUAGUGGACUGGUGUGAUGAGAAAGAACUCAAUCUCAUCUUGACAACCGGGGGGACAGGCUUUGCUCCCCGCGAUGUCACACCUGAGGCCACUAAAGAGGUGAUAGAGCGGGAGGCUCCAGGGAUGUCUCUGGCCAUGCUGAUGGGUUCUCUCAACGUCACACCACUAGGCAUGCUCUCUAGACCUGUGUGCGGCAUCCGCGGCAAGACGCUCAUCAUCAACUUACCAGGGAGCAAGAAGGGUUCACAGGAGUGUUUCCAGUUCAUCCUGCCCGCGCUGCCCCACGCUAUCGACCUGCUACGGGACGCCGUGGUCAAGAUGAAGGAGGCUGUGGACGAGCUAGAGGACCUGCCUUCGCCCCCGCCGCCCCUAUCGCCGCCCCCCAACAGCUCGCCGCGGCGGCAGACUGAGGACAAGGGCGUACAGUGUGAGGAGGAGGACGAUGACAAGAAAGACAGUGGUGUGGCGUCCACCGAGGACUCCUCGUCCUCGCACAUCACCGCAGCCUCCAUCGCCGCUAAGAUCCCAGACUCCAUCAUCUCCAGGGGUGUCCAGGUCCUCCCCAGAGACACAGGCUCUCUGAGCACCACGCCCUCUGAGUCGCCCCGCGCCCAGGCCACCUCGCGGCUCUCUACCGCCUCCUGCCCCACGCCCAAAGUGCAGUCACGAUGCAGCAGCAAAGAAAAUAUCCUGAGAUCAAGUCACAGUGCGGUGGACAUCACCAAGGUGGCCCGGAGACACCGCAUGUCACCUUUCCCCCUUACCUCCAUGGACAAGGCCUUCAUCACUGUCCUGGAGAUGACCGCUGUGCUGGGGACUGAGAUCAUCAACUACAGAGAUGGGAUGGGCCGAGUCCUUGCUCAGGAGGUUUAUGCCAAAGACAACCUGCCCCCAUUCCCUGCCUCUGUAAAGGAUGGUUAUGCUGUAAGAGCGGCUGAUGGUCCAGGCGACCGCUUCAUCAUCGGAGAGUCCCAGGCUGGAGAACAGCCCACCCACACAGUGAUGCCGGGCCAGGUGAUGAGGGUGACGACGGGGGCUCCUAUCCCCUGUGGGGCAGACGCUGUGGUGCAGGUGGAGGAUACAGAGCUGCUCCGCGAGUCUGAGGACGGCACAGAGGAGCUGGAGGUCCGGAUCCUCGUACAGGCCCGUCCCGGACAAGACAUCCGGCCCAUAGGUCAUGACAUCAAGCGUGGGGAAUGUGUCCUGUCUAAGGGAACCCACAUGGGCCCCUCUGAGAUUGGCCUGCUGGCCACCGUAGGAGUCACCGAGGUGGAGGUGCAGAAGUUCCCCGUGGUGGCUGUCAUGUCCACAGGCAACGAACUGUUAAACCCUGAGGACGACCUCCACCCAGGAAAGAUCAGAGACAGUAACCGUUCCACGCUGCUCGCCACCAUCCAGGAGCACGGAUACCCCACCAUCAACCUGGGCAUCGUGGGAGACAACCCAGAUGACCUGCUGAAUGCCCUAAACGAGGGCAUCAGCCGCGCUGACGUCAUAAUCACCUCUGGAGGGGUGUCGAUGGGAGAGAAGGACUAUCUGAAACAGGUGCUGGAUAUUGAUCUGCAUGCCCAGAUCCACUUUGGACGAGUCUUCAUGAAACCAGGUCUCCCGACAACGUUCGCCACGUUGGAUAUGGACGCUGUUCGUAAACUCAUCUUUGCCCUCCCAGGUAACCCCGUGUCUGCUGUGGUGACAUGUAACCUCUUCGUCAUUCCUGCCUUGAGGAAGAUGCAGGGGAUCCUGGACCCACGGCCCACCAUCAUCAAAGCCAGGUUGUCAUGUGACGUGAAGCUGGACCCUCGCCCUGAGUACCACCGCUGCAUUCUGACAUGGCACCACCAGGAGCCUCUGCCAUGGGCCCAGAGCACAGGAAACCAGGUGAGCAGCAGGCUGAUGAGCAUGCGCAGCGCCAACGGUCUCCUGAUGCUACCUCCAAAAACAGAGCAAUACGUGGAGCUGCACAAGGGAGAGGUGGUCGACGUCAUGGUUAUCGGCCGGCUAUGAUGUCAUCAAAGGGGGACGUUGAGAUGGCUUCAUAGAGAGAGGGGGUUCGAAUGGGUGGUUCACGGUGCAUGUCCACAUAUCAUUGACUAUUCUGUAAUAUGCAACGGCACAGCUAGUUUUUCUUGAUUUGGAUAACGUUGAGGUAUAGUCAACAUCUCCAUCACAAACCUAGGUACAUAUGAUACAAAAAAAUAUGAUUAAUUUAAAAGAUUAUAAUAGUAUUUCAAACAAAGAAAAUAUAACUUUCAAAGAAAAAAAUCUAAUUAUAAAAAGAGAUUUAUUCUGUAAUAUAUUCUUAUGAUUAUUCUUCUUACUAUCAUUGUUAGAUUGUAAGGCAACUUUGUUCCUUUCAUUGCAAUUGCUUUGUGUGUUCAAUGCUAGACCUUAUCAAUAGCAGUAGCAUUUUAAUAGAUCUGUAGGUGCCUGCCAGGACAAAAAAAUAAGAAAUGUUAUUUUCUCAUUUUAGUGGAAAAAAAUAUCAUUUUUUUUAUAUAUAUAUAUCAAGAAAAACCCUGAGGAAGACUCCAGAUUUCCCACGGUGCUUGUGUAAGAGGAAGGAAGGGAGGGUAUAAUCUAGGUCUAUUUCCUCUGUGGUGUGUCGCUUUAACAGUGACACCACACACUUCUAUUUUUCUCUCAUUAGUAUGCAUCACAAUGGCUUGACAAAGAGCUUUGCUUGUUGUUUAUCUUGUGAGUCUUGUUUAUGUGCGCAGUGCCAAAUGCCUGAGCAGGGAUGAGGGUGGUGCUGGAAAGGGGUGGGGGGGCAGUCAUCCACCAACCUGCCCAGACCCUGAAGCUUCCUUAUUUAUCACCUGACCAGGUGCAGCUCUGCCCCCGGGGAGCAUGGUUUACUGGGGAAAACAAAAAACAGUAUUUUAUUUGAUCGACUAAAGAGAAAGAGGGAAAACACACAGAAUAAAAGAAACAGCUUCUUUAAGUGCUGACAGCCUUUUUAACUGACUUCACAAAAAAUGUACAGAAAAAAAGAAUAGGAAGAUGAACCAUAUUGUACAGAUAUGUGACCAGCACUCUGAAGGACAUUACCCAUAUUGUACAGAUAUGUGACCAGCACUCUGAAGGACAUUACCCAUAUUGAAGCAAUGAGGAGACAUUGAACAAUGCUGUACUAUAGUACAUUUUCUGUAAUGAUAUGAAACUGAUGAAAGAGACUAUGAUAAUAAAAAUCCUUGAUCAUUAUGUAUAAAAAAAAGUUAUUGUUGGGUUUCCUUUUUUUAAUAAAAUCUA